AUGGUUAUUAUUGCUCUGAGGCUUUCUGCAGAUGAUGCAUGGAACCUAAACCAGGAGAUGCUCCAGAUGCCCCGGGGCCAUAAGGCCAUGCACGAGGAGAUGUUCUUGAUCUUCUUCUCUGCCCUGAUCACAGUCCAGGUGACGCUGGUGCGGAAACAGAGGCACGGCUGUUCCUACAACCUGGUGACCUUGCUGCAGAUGUGGGUUGACCCUUUGUACUUCACAAUAACGCUCUACUGGUGGUGGUUUCUGUCUAUGUGGGGAAUGUUCUCCGUUGUUACAAGUUACAUCCUCUUCAGAGCUUCCGGCAAACUGCUCUCAGGGAAAACACCAAAACUGGUCUACACACGGUUUCUUCUAAUCUAGAAGAUUAGUUACAUGCUUGGUGUAGUGAGUUAUUUGGUCAUCAUGUUUCCAAUGUGUGGAAUCAAUGUAAUAUCAAACAGCUUCAUCAUUGUGUAA